AUGUUUGAAGCAGGUAUAGACGUCAAUGCCCAGGGUGGAUACUAUGGGAACGCACUUCAAGCUGCUGCCCAUUAUAACAGAGAAGGAAUGUUUCAUAUACUGCUUGACGUAGGCGCAGAUGUUAAUGCCCAGGGUGGAGAAUAUUGGAACGCCCUUCAAGCUGCUACCUGUUCUGAUGACGAAGAAAUGGUAAAGAUGGUGCCUGACGCAGGCGCAGAUGUCAAUGCCCAAGGCGGAAAACAUGAAAACGCACUUCGAGCUGCUGCUGUCUCUUGGAAUAGGGAAAAAUAA